AUGACCAUAGAUGACCUCACAGAAAUGGAUGUUAGUCAAAAUGAUCUAGAGGGGAACAUCUCUUUUAGUUCAAAAACAAUAUGCAAGUUGGAGAGAUUAAUUUUCUCCGGCAAUGUAUUUGAAAGCAAUAAUAUGCUUAAUGGGACAAUACCUCCAGGCCUUGCAAACUUUUCGAGUUUGAAGAGGUUGGUUCUUUCACACAACAAUCUUAGUGACUCAAUUCCAGAAUUCUUUGUGGCAUCAAAUUUGCUAUAUAUUGAUUUAAGUUUCAACAAACGCAAUGGACAAAUUCCUCAAACUGUAGGGAACAUUGUGAAUCUGACCAUGAUCAACUUAUAUAUGAAUAAGCUUGAUGGACCGAUACCUCGACAAAUAGAAAACCUAUCCAACCUUCAGCUUCUGAAUCUGUUCAAUAACAAUUUGUAUGGUCCAUUGCCUUUUGAAUUAUCAGAAGGUCAUCGAUUAUUUGCAUUGGACUUGAGAUUCAACUCUUUCAAUGGAACAAUAUCGACAAACUUUGAAAAUUUAUCUCAUCUCUCUCAGUUGAUACUGCAAGAGAAUGAUUUCAGUUGUAGUUCGGAGGAAACAAGUUGGGAGGGACCAAUGAACAUGAUCAUGAAUUUUCUGCUGUUGUUGCUCUUGGCUAUCUUUCAACUAAGCAAUGCCUUGAACUCUGAUGGAACUGCACUAUUAGCCCUUUCCAGCAACUUGAUACUUUCUCAAUCAGUGAACUCUACCUGGAAUUCAUUAGACCCAAGUCCCUGUAGAUGGGCGGGAAUCAGUUGCGACAAAAGUGGAUAUGCCACUUCAAUUGUGCUUCCUGCACUACGAAUUUCUAGUUCUCUGGGCAAAGAAAUUGUGUUGCUUAUUCGUCUGAAGGAACUAAAUCUUGCUGCCAAUGAUCUUUCUGGAUUAUUCCCUCAGAAUUAG